GAGCUCAGUGACUUAAAACAUUAGCAUGAGUCGGAACAUUUUUAGUCUCCGGUCUACUCGGCCAACCCUAGCCUCCAUUUGCCGCCUUUUCUCCGCCACGACGGUGGACCCAGCGGCUGGAGCUGUGACGGCAAAGACUCGCAGCGGAGGAGUAGGAGGAGGAGCAGCGAGAGAAAAACAGGAAGCGGGAAGAGGAAGCGUCGGCGGAGGAAGCGACACCCUAGGAGGGAGGCUAUUAAGCCUUGUGUACACCAAGCGCAGCGCCGUCGUCACUAUCCGGAAAUGGAAGGAAGAAGGCCAUUCCGUUCGCAAGUACGAGCUUAACCGGAUCGUUAGGGAGCUUCGUAAGAUUAAGCGAUAUAAACACGCUCUCGAGAUAUGUGAAUGGAUGGUUCUGCAGGAAGAUAUAAAGCUUCAACCUGGAGAUUACGCUGUGCAUUUGGAUUUGAUUUCCAAGAUCCGUGGUUUGAACAGCGCGGAGAAGUUUUUCGAAGACAUGCCGGAUCAAAUGCGAGGCCAUGCUGCUUGCACAUCUCUCCUCCAUAGCUAUGUGCAGAACAAGCUCUCUGAUAAAGCCGAGGCCUUGUUCGAGAAGAUGGCGGAAUGUGGUUUCUUGAACUCUUGCCUGCCUUACAACCACAUGCUCUCGAUGUACAUAUGGAAAGGUGAGUUUGAGAGAGUCCCAGCGAUGAUCAAGGAACUGAAGCUGAAAGCUUCGCCUGACAUUGUUACUUAUAAUCUCUGGUUGACUGCGUUUGCCUCUGGGAAUGAUGUCGAAGCCGCGGAGAAAGUUUAUCUUAAGGUGAAAGAAGCGAACCUGAGUCCAGACUGGGUGACUUACAGCGUCCUGACGAAUCUGUACACUAAGACCGAUAGUCUCGAAAAGGCGAAACUUGCUUUGAAGGAGAUGGAGAAACUCGUCUCCAAGAAAAACAGGGUUGCUUAUGCUUCUCUCAUAAGCCUGCACGGGAACUUGGGGGACAAAGAUGGAGUCAACUUAACAUGGAAGAAGAUCAAGUCAUCUUUCAAGAGAAUGAACGAUGCAGAGUACCUGAGCAUGAUAUCUGCGGUGGUGAAGCUUGGGGAAUUCGAACAAGCCAAAGGUUUGUACGAUGAGUGGGAGUCUGUUUCUGGAACAGGGGAUGUUAGAAUCCCGAAUCUUAUUCUUGCCGAGUAUAUGAACAGAGACGAGGUUCACCUGGGAGAGAAGUUCUACGAACGGAUAGUUGAGAAAGGAAUAAACCCUAGCUACUCGACGUGGGAGAUUCUCACGUGGGCUUAUUUGAAACGCAAGGACAUGGAGAAAGUAUUAGAUCGUUUCGGGAAAGCCAUUGAUUCCGUGAAGAAAUGGACUGUGAAUGUAAGAUUGCUUAAAGCAGUGUGCAAGGAACUCGAGGAACAAGGGAAUGUCAAAGAAGCAGAGAAGCUAAUGACUAUACUGCAAAAGGCUGGUCAUGUUAACACUCAGCUCUACAACUCCUUCUUACGUACCUACGCCAAAGCCGGUGAAAUGGCACUGAUUGUUGAAGAGCGAAUGGCAAAGGACAAUGUAGAGUUAGAUGAAGAGACCAAGGAGCUUAUUAGAGUAACUAGUCGAAUGCGUGUGACUGAAAUCUCCUCCACCGUUUCUUAAGCUUGAAAGCUGCAACUUCUACACAGAUUUGGAGUGAAUCCAUGAAAGCUGUUUGCUAUAUGGAGCGAGCCAUGACCAAUCGAAAUACUUGUCUUGAAGCAGUAAUAUUCCGCUUGCUCGGACAAUAAGUGAUCGAGGAGAGUGUGAUAAAGCUGCAAAGGAAUGAAGUUGCGGGUAAAAGAUCACUAUCAGGUUUUUUCAUUUUUGUUUCGUCAAAUUUAGUAUUAUUAAAAAACUUAAUUCUUUUUGUGCCAAAUUUUAUAUCUUUGGUUCUUCUCUCUAUGGGAUGAUGAUGAUGUCAAAUGACCUUUGAGACUUGAGAGGUUGACUAACUGAAAAACCUACUUCCGACUCUUCUUGUUGGGUAGUUAUGACUUGUGUGUAAGUCUUAUGUAAGCUUCAAAGACUUGUGUCCAAAGUGGAUUUGUUCACUUGAACAGUUAGUCAACUAUUUUAACCAUAUAUCCCACAUAUAAAAUAAAAUAAGUUCAUAAAUUUUCACUUCUUAUUAUUAAACUUUCAAUUUCUA